CCUAUCCUCUCUUGCUAUUCAUCCUCCUUUCGCUCUUCUCACUCCAGCUCUGCUCCUGGCUCUCCUCCUUCCCUGGCCAAGUGCUUCCUCCCCCCCCCCCCCGCCCUUGUAGGAUGGCUUUGGUGGUGGCCCCCUGGCAGGAGGAGCUUCCCGGGGGUCCCCCAGGGGUCCCUCCUCCCCCUGCCCCUGCCCCAGUCACGCAGGAGCCCGGCGGGGGAAGCAACGGCGACAGCAAGGGGGUGUCGGCGGCCGUGGACUGCCUGGUGUGCGGCGACAAGGCCAGCGGCAAGCACUACGGCCAGUUCACCUGCGAGGGCUGCAAGAGCUUCUUCAAGCGCUCCGUCCGCCGCAACCUCAGCUACACCUGCCGUGCCAGCCGCCAGUGCCCCGUCGACCAGCACCACCGGAACCAGUGCCAACAUUGCCGCCUCACCAAGUGCCUCAAGGUUGGCAUGCGCCGCGAAGCCGUACAGCGAGGUCGCAUGGCGCACACUCAGCCCAGCUCCGGCCAGUACCCCUUGACCAACGGAGACCCCUACAACUGCCACUCCUACCUGACGGGCUUCAUCUCCCUCCUGCUGCGGGCGGAGCCUUACCCGACCUCCCGCUACGGCGCCCAGUGCCUGCAGCCCAACAGCAUCAUGGGCAUUGAGAACAUCUGUGAGCUGGCGGCCCGUUUGCUCUUCAGCGCCAUCGAGUGGGCCAAGUGCAUUCCUUUCUUCCCCGACUUCCAGCUGGCCGACCAGGUCUGCUUGCUGCGCAUGACCUGGAGCGAACUCUUUGUCCUCAACGCGGCCCAGUGCUCCAUGCCGCUGCACGUGGCCCCGCUCCUGGCCGCUGCCGGCCUCCACGCCUCGCCGAUGUCCGCUGACCGCGUGGUGGCCUUCAUGGACCACAUCCGGGUCUUCCAGGAGCAGGUGGAAAAGUUGAAGGCGCUGCAUGUGGACUCGGCUGAAUAUUCCUGCCUGAAAGCCAUCGCACUCUUCACGCCAGAUGCGGUGGGGCUGACGGAUCUGUGCCACGUGGAAAACGUCCAGGAGAAGUCCCAGUGUGCCUUAGAGGAAUACGUCCGGAACCAGUACCCCAACCAGCCCAGCCGUUUCGGGCGCCUCCUCCUACGCCUGCCGUCGCUACGCAUCGUCUCGGCCCCCGUGAUAGAACAGCUCUUCUUCGUCCGCCUGGUGGGGAAGACCCCUAUCGAGACCCUGAUCCGGGACAUGCUGCUGUCGGGAUCCAGCUUCAACUGGCCGUACAUCCCCAUGCAGACCUAUCAGUUCAUUGGUGAUCUUCCUUGAACCGUACUUUCAACCGCUGAAUUUAUUUUGACAGCGUAUCAGCAACCAGAGGCUAAUGUGAACCAGCUACUAAGCAUUUGC